AUGGUUUACUCUACACAGGCUCUCAGAUGGAAAGCCUACCAAUUUCUGGACCCCUUUGCCCUGGGAUCUUUCCUUGUGUGCAACGCCAAGUCCAAGGUGUUUUGCCGUCCAGACUGCGACGCCCACCCUAUUGCGGAACAGCAGCACGAAGUGAAGUUUGUUGACUCUGUGGCCGACGCCACCGAGCUCGGCUUUUCUCCUUGCGACUCGUGCGACCCAUUGUGUGCGCCCAAGGUGGAUGUUAAGCUUUUGAUUCAGGCGGUCAACUCUAUCAACGCCAGCAUUGGCUUCACCCCACCCCUGGCCGAAGAGCUCGAGGAGCUGGCUUCUCCGCUCUCGGACAAGGGCAUUUCGCCACUGGAUGCCAACUCGUCUGUGUCCAAGAACGAGGCCGACCACUACCGCUUGGCCGACUUGGCGUGUCGCCACUUGGCCAUGGCUGCAGCACAGUCUGUGCUUUCAAGCGCCGAGACGCAGGCCAACAGCCCUGACGCUGGCGGAGAGAAGAAGAGCCGCCGCAGAAGAGGAGGCGUGUUGGGCUUCAAGGAGCUUGCCGCCAAGUCCAAGUUGUCUGCAUGGCACUUUCACCGUGUGUUUAAGAGCGUGACGGGCUUGACCCCAAAGACGUAUGGAGACAAGUGCUGGGAGUACUUGAAACUGCAUUGCGAUGGUAGUGUCCAGUCUCCUGCGCAGGCUUUGUCCAGUGUGUCGAGUUUGUCGUCUACAGACUUGUCUGGCAGCAUGUCGAGCGGCUUGGCACACCCUAUGGCCACCAGCUUGUCCACGGGCUUGUCGAGUGGCAUGUCCAGCUCUUCUGCUGGUCUGUCUGCAUCUUUGAAGUCGUAUGCGACGCCAGUUCUGUCGGUGUCAGCGUCGUCGCCUAGAAAGAGAAGCCACGACGAAGAGUUUAUGAUGCCUCUGAAGAGAGCAUCUUUCGAUGCAUCUUUCACGCCCGAUGUGAGCCCUGUGAUGAUGGGCUUUGACAAGAUGCCCUUGGACCAGAAGUUGUGGGCCACUCCAGCAGAAUACUACAGUGCAACACCACAGACGCUAUUUACUCACGUUAAGUCUGCGCCAGAGCCUGAAUUUUCUCCAGACUUUGGCCAGAUGGACGAGAUGGCUCCAAUGUCGAUGAUGCCUAUGGAUAUGGCCGCGGACAAGUUCUUGGACACUUUUGACUACGGAUUCCCAAACGACAUGUUUGUGAACGAUGAACAGACACUUUUGCAGCCCGAAGGCGGUGCGUUGAGCGACCCCUUUAGUUUGAGCUUGUCACCAGAGUUGUUGACUUCAAACCCUGUUUAG